AUGGAUGGGCACGAGAGGUAUGCACCAAGAGUGAGUAAAGCAUUUGUGAGAAUAUCUCUUGGCACCACGUCUCCUGAUCAAGACUUGGUGCACGCACAGCGAGCCUCUUUACCAGGAUCGCUCGUCACUUAUCGGGACAACGAAAUUUCAGGCGGUCUCAAAAGUCUGACGUCGACUUCUAGCUUUAAAUCGUCCUCACCCUCUAAAGAGGUCGAGCCUCCCUUCGACACGCCUGGCUACUCGGAGUAUCUGGGAAAAACGCGCUCAAAAAAGAAUCACGAGAUCCACGAGACUUGGUUCAGGGUGCCGAGGUCCUUGUCUCCUAUACAUCGAGAGCCUGGUUUUGGAGCAUUGACCAUGGGAUAUCCCUACAAAGCAGAGGUCGAUAGCUUGUCGAACGUACUCAAGGCUGAUCAAACGGAGACACCGAUGAAGCAUACCGGUUUCAAACCUCCGAGACCCGCAUUCACCAUGGCAAAGAGACGCCUUGACGAUGUUCGAUCGUCGAAUGUCUCUACAGAAGGCCACGCUGGAGCCUUCAGACAGCAUGUAACGUCCAAAGGCGACCAAGUCCAUCACGCCAAGCGACGUGUCGACACGCGUUACGAGUGA